AUGGAACAUCUGCCGUCAAUACUCAAAGGGCUCGGCAUAACCUCCUCAGCAGAUGGUGAAUCAAAAGAUUCAAAAAAGUUUACUUCGGUAGCGGUGGACCCAAUUUUAAGUCCUCUCGGGUCGCAAGAUGAUUUAAGCAGUAUAGGAGUUCUCGAGUUACUCGAAUCAGACGAAAGGGCGGUUUUUAUACUCGACCUCGCGAAUCCAGAUGACACAACGCCGGUAUAUACGAAUCCGCGAUUGAAAGAAUUGCAAGUGCUAGGAAGCAAAGUUGGGGAAUCUCUUGAUUUGCGCGCGGCAACCAAGGAUGAAAAGCACAGGGGAUUUUUAGAAUGGGCAGGAGGUGAUUUCAGCGAUGGAAAAAUACCUGUUACACUAUAUUGUGGAGUGAGAUGGAGUGCGCAGACAAUGAGAGAUCGAUGGAGGGUUAUCGCUGGAGAUGUAGGAGGAAGGAUAGACGUUACCGGGGACAAACCUACCAUUCAACGAUCGCAAACUCUCUCGCCACAGAAAGCACGACGCAUGUCAAAAUCUGACGACGCAUCUAGAUCCUCACUCGAAUCUCAAUUAGAGGCAUAUCGGCUUCAUCGGGAAGAUACAAUAUCGAUAUUUCCACCAGCACAAGAACCAGUCACUUUGAAAGAGGUACUUGAAGUGGGAGAUACUAUACUUGGUCCGUUUGAUAUAUUGGCGCCAGACACAAUAGUAGAAUUGUCGCCGCAUGUACGAUUCUUCCUCGAUUUCGAUUGGGCAUCUACGGAGCUUGGCCCCAUAGAUUCUUGGCCGGUUGAGCUACGAAGAAUGUGCAAUUUUCUCAUGUCAGACCCAAGACCUGCGGCAAUGUACUGGGGUCAAUCCAGAGUUAUGAUGUACAAUGAACCAUAUAUGUUAGUCACAGGACAGAAGCAUCCAGGGAUGAUGGGGAAAACCUUCUCAGAGGCAUGGGCUGAAGUCGAAGACGCAUUUAGCGAUUCAUUCAACAAGGCGUAUGAAACUGGUAAAGCUUCGACCAUGGAUGAUGCAAGGUUCUUUAUCGAAAGACAUGGAUACUUGGAGGAGACCUACUAUUCAUUAUCGAUUUUACCGUUCAGUUGCAACAGCUACGGUAGCCACCUUGCUUUUUACAAUUCUGUAUUUGACACUACUAGGCAAGUAGUUGCAGAUCGUAGAAUGAUAUUUCUAUUACGACUUGGGCAGUUCAUUGCUUCAUCUCGAGAACCCAAGGACUUUUGGCAGCAGCUUCUACGGGGGCUUGAACCAGAUCAUCCAGAUUUACCGUUUGCUUUGCUGUACUCAGCCGGUAAUGACGUUAACGAGACCCUUUCGGAAUCUUCGGCUUUAAGCCACAGCUCCAACUGGGUACUGGAAGGCUCUGUUAGAUUUCCUGGUGCAGGGAAGAAUGUACCGAAACAUAUAAAUUCUGAUAAUCCCAUGGAAGAAUUUCUACCCAGUUUUAGCGACCUUGUCAAAUCAGAUUACCCUACGCUCUUACAUCGAGAAGAUGGCACUAUUCCUUCAUCUUUGACUACUGCUCUUCAGGGUACUCUUGCAUGGGAUACAGUUGUUUUCUUACCAAUUAGAGCUACCACAGAAAGCGUUCUCGGCUUUCUUAUCAUUGGACUCAACGCUCGACGAAAAUACGAUGAUGACUAUAGAUUAUUCAUACAACUUCUCAGUCGACAACUCGCUACUUCAAUGGCUGCGGCAGUACUUGUUGAAGAUGAAAUCCAACGUGGUCGAAUGGCUGCCGAACAUGCUUACCAAGAUCGUAAUCGACUCUCAAAGAAACUCGAAAUUCAAGCUCAUGAAGCCUCAGAGAUUGAAAGUCGUUUUAGAAGAAUGGCUGAUCUAGCUCCUGUUGGGAUGUUUCAUAUUGGCGUUAAUGGCAAAUUAGUUUAUGCUAACGAACUUUAUUAUAACCUGACGGAACAUGACAGAGAUACCAAUACUGAGAUGGGCUGGUACGAGGUACUUAUGAAGGAAGAUUGGCCAAUCAUGGAUGUGCAAUGGAAAAAACUUAUGGGUGGGGAACCUGUCUCCUUCGAAAUCCGGCUACGAGCACUUUUCAAGGGGGCCGAUAAAAUCGGAGAUGAAGAAAUCGAUGGUGCAAUCUGGAUAAUAGCAGCUGCUUAUCCUGAAAAGGCGCCAGAUGGUACUGUCGUUGGAGUUUUGGGUUGCUUGACCGAUAUCAGUCGGCAGAAGUGGGCCGAAGAUUUUCAGAAACGGAAAAUGCUUGAAGCGAUUGAGUUGAAGCGUCAACAGGAGAAUUUUAUUGACAUGACAUCACACGAAAUGAGGAAUCCAUUAUCAGCCAUUAUUCAAUGUGCAGACAUGAUCGGAAUUUCGGUCAAGGAAUUUGAUGGAGGAACCAAUGAUGUUAUUCUUCCAAGAGAAGCGGUUCAUGGAUACGCAGACGCAGCUUCGACGAUCAUACUAUGUGCUCAACAUCAGAAAAGAAUCAUCGAUGACAUUCUCACGCUGAGCAAGUUGGAUUCCGAUUUAUUAUUCGUCACUCCUACCGAAGUACAGCCAUUGCCUAUCAUCAAAAAUGCACUGAAGAUAUUUGAUGGAGAAUUGCAGAAGAGUGAUGUCGCGCUUAGAUUUCAUGUAUCACCUACAUUCGAAGAACUCAAUAUUGACUGGAUCAAAUUGGAUCCAAGUAGAUUAGUACAGGUCCUUAUCAAUCUUGUCACAAAUGCGAUUAAGUUCACACAAACUCAACCAAAACGGAAUAUUGCCAUCACAGUGAGCGCAGCGCUCGAGCCUCCUAGCACACCAGGUCUUGUCUACCUUCCAAGAACUAAUAGUCACAAAGACAACACGCCAGAUGGUGAAUGGGGAGAUGGAGAGAUUGUGUAUCUUCAUAUUGAAGUCCAAGAUAGUGGCCGCGGUCUCGAUGAAACGGAACGCAAUCUUUUGUUUAAAAGAUUUUCCCAGGCCUCACCACGAACACAUGUUCAAUAUGGUGGAUCCGGUCUCGGUCUCUUUAUUUCUCGAGAACUUACAGAGCUUCAAGGUGGUCAAAUAGGUGUCGCCUCAAAAGCAGGGGUUGGAAGUACCUUUGCAUUUUACAUUCAAACUCGGCGUUGUGAUCCACCUGACGAUAAAGAUUCUUUUGUUCCUCAAAUGGAUGCUCAAGCGCAAAAUAAUAUCAUUACGAAUAACUCUCUUGCUCGAGUUAAAGGACCUACUCGCCAUCCUUUGAGAAGUCGUCGUUCUCAAAGUCCGGCUUCUUCAACACCAAAACAUAUUCUAAUCGUAGAAGAUAACAUUGUCAAUCAAAAAGUCCUGAGUAAACAACUUCGUAGCGCAGGUUGUAUUGUAAGCGUCGCAAACCAUGGUCUAGAAGCCCUUGAAUUUCUUGAAAAAUCCACAUUUUCAGCAACUCUACCAGAAGGCGUGUCAGGUGUUCCAUGCAAUAUUUUAUUAAUGGAUUUGGAAAUGCCAAUAAUGGAUGGUCUUACUUGUGUACGACAGAUACGCAAAUGGGAAAAGGAAGGAAAAGUUAGAGGGAGAGUACCGGUCAUAGCUGUAACGGCUAAUGCAAGGAGUGAGCAGAUUGCUAGAGCGAAAGAGGCGGGUAUGGAUAGUGUUGUUACUAAACCUUUUAGGAUAGGAGAGUUGGUACCAGAGAUGGAGAGAUGGUUGGUGAGGGGAGUAGUGUUGGAUAGGUUGAAGGAAGGUGCAAGGGAUGAGAGAGCUGGAGUAGAGAGGAGAGAUAGUGCACCGAUUUAG